AUAUUCAUUGCGACUGUCAAAUACUAAUAAAAACAAUAAUAUUAACAAAUAAACAUUAACCAAUAGAAGUGACUCACCGGGAGGAGGAACCAUGGCCGCAAUGGCAACUGAUCCCAGAAAAGAUGCAGCGCCGCCCAGCUAUGAAGAGGUCAUGAAUAACACGUCGCAAGGCCUCAUAGCGGGAGUGCAUCAUGGUGAGGCGACGGCUCCGCCUCCGAAUAUGCAUGUGCCAACAUAUGGAGCAUUCGAAACGACACCAGUGAGUGUGAUUGUCCAGGCAGCGCCAGUGGCUCUGCCCACAGAAAUUAUUGUAAUAGGAGGGUGUCCGGCUUGUAGAAUUGGUUACCUGCAGGAUACCUAUUCGGCAUUGGGCGUUUUUUGUGCCAUUUUCUUUUUUCCUGUCGGCCUGCUCUGCUGUCUAGCUAUGCGAGAGAAACGCUGCAGUAAUUGUGGAACCGUUUUUUAAAAAUCAAUGUGGAGUAACAGAUGGAAUUGGGUUAGAAAUAUAUAGAAGUAAGGGAGAUGAUGGUAGAUGAAGGAGUCGAAAAAGGCAAUAGAAAUUGGCAUUCAAAAUGCUCAUCAUCAUAGAAAAUAUGUAGCUUUUCAUUGUGACUAAUGUUUUGUUUUUUUUUUUUUUUAUAUGUAUGUAUAGAUUCACAAACUAUUAUUCGUUGUUAAUCGUUAAACCAUUAUCUGUAAAUAUGUAAGCAGUCAGAUUUAUGUCAAGUCUCUCUUUCUCUUUAUCUUCCUCUGUCUUUUAACCUCUAUACGAAAUAUUCUCUCGGAUUCUCUCUAUAUAUAUAUAUAUAUAUAUAUACAUAUAUGUGUAUAUGUCCAUCCAACGUUGUUGUCGAGCCGCGCUUCCGUUAAAUUUAAUUGAAAUAUAAUGGGGGAGGUUUUAAAUUACGAUGACCGUUUUACUUGUUCAAGUUGUUGCUAACGACUAAGAAACACCCUGUAAGUUUUGAACUCACAGCAAGUAAGGGAAACUCUUGUGAUAGAUGCAGAAUGAACUAAAAGUAGGUGAGGGAGUUCAAUUUAUAGCCAAUUGUAUGUAAAAUUAAUGAAAAUUCUUAUACUACAUAACCAGAGAGUCCCAUUUUGCAAUAUUAAAACAUGAACCAAGUGACUUCAACUAGCAAAAAGAUUACAAAUAUAUUGGAUAUAUCUAUAAACUCUUGGUCAUUCACAUUCCUCCCGAUAUAAGUAAAUAUGUAUAUAUUUUUGGUAACAAAUUCUAAUAUAAAUAUAUAUUGGCAUUUGCCAUAAAUUAUCGUAAAGGUGGAAACAUA